CAGCCGGGGAGACCCACGUACGGCAGCCAGAAUGGCGCCGGGCAGCCGCCGCAUCUGCACAGCAACGUGAAUAACCAUAACCUCUGAACGAUGCAUUGUCCAAUGGAUGAUUGUCCUGACACCAUGUAUGGAACAGCAGAGUAAAGCAGCCUGUUUGCACAUCCUGGUGGCAUCCAGCAGCAAAUUUUGGUUUAGUAAACCUAUGAUCUACCCCUACACAUGCACCUUUUCCAUUUUUUUGUACACAAUUUCUGACUGUGUUUGUCAGAGGUCCUGUGCAAAGCGCAUUGAUGAAUUCAUCACACUUACAAGAUGGACAGAGGUAUAGUUCUUUGGCCCCAGGCAUGUAUACGCAGCAAAUGGCAACAAAGAAUCCUCUGCUUACAUCCCCUGGACUAUAUAACUACGGUGCAUCUCAAAAUGUCCCACCUUUUGGUAAUCAGGGCCCUGGGCAGACUCUUAAUGCAACACCUGUGGGAUCUACGUCUCUGCCAACAGCACAACUGGGACCUGGGGCCCUAAUAUAUCCUCCAUUGCAGAACUCAGCAGCUACAUCAACUUCAGCUGGUAGCUUUCAUUCUGGAGCUAAUCCAACACAUUCAAACUGGCAGUAUGACCAGACUCCUUUAAAGCAACCAGCAAUGGUCCCUCAAGCAAACCAUUUUGCUCACACAACAGCAACCCAACCAUUGUCAUCAUCAGGGAAUACAAAUCUACCAACAAGCUAUCAUGUUCCUUCUGCUGGGGGUCUCCCAGUUCAAAACAGCUAUACAAAACCAGGUCCUGUUCCACAACUGGUCAAUCAGUUAACAUACUCUCCAGUCCGGCCUCCUUUAGGGCCUCCCACAGUUGGAAGUCCUGCCUAUACACAGCCACCCGUUCGCCCAGCAGCUCCACCAGCAAGCACUACACCCCAAAACUCAGCAAGUAUGCAAGAAGCAGGUGAUACUGCAUCCACUGCCAGUGAUGGAUCAUUGGUCCAGAACAACUAUGAUACAAUAGAAGGAGGUGGUUUCCUGGCAACUGCACAUACCUCUUCUCCCCCUCAGAAUCUUAAAACGAAUAGACAUGUUGGGAGCGCAUAUCCCAGCCUGCCACCUGGCUACCAAAAUGCAGCUCCACCUGGACUACCAAGAAUGCAGUACCCAGUUGCACCACAACAGUUCCCACAGCCUGGCUUAGGAACAAACACCUUAUCUGCAUCAAUGGGUGGACUAAGUCUUCAGCCAGAAGGAUUAAGACCUAUCAACCUUCUUCAAGAGAGAAAUAUUCUUCCUGCAACCCCCUUGCAGGCACCUGUUCCAAACUUGCAUGAAGAUAUACUGAAGCUCAACUGUAAUCCAGAGUUGUUCCGAUGUACAUUGACUAACAUUCCUCAAACUCAGGCCUUACUCAACAAAGCCAAACUUCCUUUGGGUCUUCUGCUUCAUCCUUUCAAAGACCUAUCGCAAUUGCCUGUGGUAACUUCCAGUACAAUUGUGAGAUGUCGUAGCUGUAGGACAUAUAUAAAUCCUUUUGUCAGUUUUCUUGAUCAAAGGAGAUGGAAAUGCAACUUAUGUUACAGAGUGAAUGAUGUUCCUGAAGAAUUUAUGUACAAUCCUGUGACAAGAGUUUAUGGAGAACCUCAUAAAAGACCUGAAGUUCAAAAUGCCACAAUUGAAUUUAUGGCUCCUUCUGAAUACAUGUUACGUCCACCUCAGCCGCCUGUGUACCUCUUUGUGUUUGACGUGUCUCAUAAUGCAUUAGAAACAGGAUACUUGAAAACUGUAUGUCAGACUCUGUUGGAAAAUCUAGAUUUAUUGCCAGGAAACACGAGAACGAAAAUAGGCUUCAUAACUUUUGACAGCACAAUCCAUUUUUAUAGCCUUCAGGAAGGUCUCUCACAGCCUCAGAUGUUAAUAGUUUCAGAUAUUGAAGAUGUAUUUAUACCAAUGCCAGAGAACCUACUAGUGAGCUUAAAUGAAAGCAAAGAGCUAAUUCAAGAUUUAUUGAGGGCCUUGCCUCAGAUGUUUACCAACUCCCUCGAAACUCAGAGUGCUCUGGGACCUGCGCUACAGGCUGCCUUUAAGCUGAUGUCUCCCACGGGUGGGCGGAUUUCUGUCUUCCAGACACAGCUUCCAUCUGUUGGAGUGGGUGCACUUAAGCCCCGUGAAGAGCCUAACCAAAAAGCAUCUGCAAAGGAUAUACAUCUUACACCAUCUACUGACUUCUAUAAAAAGUUGGCCUUAGAUUGCUCAGGACAACAGGUUGCAGUUGACUUGUUUCUUCUUAGUGGGCAGUACUCUGACUUGGCUUCAUUAGGAUGUAUAUCAAGGUAUUCAGCAGGCAGCGUUUAUUACUACCAAUCUUAUCAUCAUCAACACAAUCCUCUUCUGGUGGAGAAACUGCAGAAGGAGCUUAAACGAUACCUGACUAGAAAGAUUGGUUUUGAGGCUGUCAUGCGGAUAAGAUGUACCAAAGGCCUUUCUAUUCACACCUUCCAUGGCAACUUCUUUGUACGGUCAACAGAUCUGCUGUCUUUACCCAAUGUGAAUCCUGAUGCAGGAUAUGCUGUACAAAUGUCAGUGGAGGAAAGCCUGACAGACAUGCAGGUGGUCUGUUUUCAGUCUGCUCUCUUGUACACAUCUAGUAAAGGUGAAAGGAGGAUUCGUGUCCACACAUUAUGUUUACCUGUUGUGAGCCAGUUAAGUGAUGUAUAUCUGGGAGCUGAUGUGCAAGCUAUUACAGGACUUUUGGCCAAUAUGGCUGUUGACCGGUCAAUUUCUGCUAGUCUGAGUGAUGCUCGAGAUGCAUUAGUGAAUGCCGUAAUAGAUUCCCUGUCUGCAUACCGGUCCUCUGUCUUAACCAUUCAGCAGCCGGGUCUCAUGGCUCCUGUCUCUUUACGUCUUUUCCCAUUAUACGUAUUGGCUCUCUUAAAACAGAAAGCAUUCCAAACUGGGACUAAUGCACGUUUAGAUGAUCGCAUUUUUACCAUGUGUCAAGUGAAAAACCAACCUUUAGCGUACCUCAUGCUUAUGAUGCAUCCCAAUCUGUAUAGAAUUGACAAUCUCACAGAUGAGGGAGGACUCAACGUCAAUGACAGAACAAUACCUCAGCCACCCAUUCUCCAGCUGUCUAUGGAGAGGAUAAACAGGGAUGGUGCUUACCUUAUGGAUGCUGGUUCUGUCAUGUUUUUAUGGGUUGGGAGGAAUUGUGGACCAAACUUUAUCAGCCAUGUCCUUGGAGUUCCAAACUACGUAUCAAUACCACACAAUAUGACACAUCUUCCAGAACUUGACACUGCAGAAUCUACUAGACUGCGUGCUUUUAUCUCUUGGCUGAGGGAGCAAAGACCGUUCUUUCCUAUACUGUAUAUACUAAGGGAUGAAAGUCCAUGGAAACCAAGUUUUCUACAAAACAUGAUAGAAGACAGAACAGAAUCUGCAUUAUCAUACUAUGAGUUUCUUUUACAUAUUCAGCAGCAAGUGAAUAAAUGAGCCCUUCUGGUAGAAGGUUUAUCUACUCAAAGGAACGUUCCUGCAGAGAAAACACUUGUGCUUGUAAUGCUCCUAUUAAUUUUUUGGCCUGAUGCAGUUGACAAGAAUCUCACUGUGAUUUUCCAAGAAAAAAAAGCAAAUAAAGGACCACAGAAUCACAAGUACACUAUUGUGUAGUUGUACAUUAAACAAUUAAAAUCAAUUUGAACAUGUUGGAUGCCUUUAAUUUGCUGCAAAAUGUUUCACUGUAAGUAGUUGCGGCAUGAAUUAUAAGGUGAUACUGAAGAGAUGAAUCUUUAUAAACUAGAAUUUUGUUCAAAAUAUGUUUAAUUUUAUUUUUGUUUGUUUUUGUUUUGGGUUUUUUUUUUUUUUUGGCUUUGUUUUGCUGCUAGAAUUAAAAUCUCCCAAGACUGAGUUGCAGGGAAACUAUUUUGUCUUGAUUAUACAAUAUAUUACUAAUUAAAAUAGUUUUUUAAAGGAGCAAUGAAACAAUUCAUUGUGAAGUGAACAAAAUAUUUGCAUUUUUAAGUGAACAUAGCUUCCAGUGCUUUUUAAAAUGGAUGAUGAUGAGCAGGACAGAGUAAACUUGGAAAUGGUCUAUCUGAAUUGAAAAUGAGUAAGAAAUAAUUCAUUUUAAAAACAUUAGGAUGCUUCAGUAUUCUAGUAUCUGAAAGAACAAUGAAUUGCAUUAUGUCCAAUGAGAAUUAUAAUCAAUGGCCUGCAAAAAUUUCAGCUGCAAAAAUGGUGAACAUGGAUCCCAGUUUUUGAUGUUAAUAUGAUGUGUUUAGUCUUAAUUCAUUCAAAGUAAAUAGGGGAACAGACAGUUCAACCAAAUGUCAUGAUCUUUUUAUGGAUUGUUUGCUUAAAGUCACUUUUUUAAAUGGAUCAUGGUUUUAUAAAAAUGUGUACUUGUGAAAUUAAACCAAGGGUGGCUUUUUGCAGUUUCUUACUGUGGCAAAUAUCACAGCAAUUUUGCAAGGAACCAAGGUGUGCAGGGACUGUGCCUGAUUUACAAGCAGAAUCACACUCCUGUGAGUCUGCAGCAAUUUCAGCAAGGUGAAGAGGGCAGCCUCCCAGUGGCGUCUCGGGACUCCUAUGAAUUUCUGGCCUAUGGAAAUGGCCCACUCAUUACCAGAAUUCUCAUCUUGUUAGAAGCAGUGUUGAGUAGCCUAUUUGAAGUCCAGAGGAACAUCUAAUUAAAUAGUACUAGUGUUGCUAUUUAAAAGUUUUGGGGGCAGAGGGAGAUAGAAAAGUGGAGGCAAAUAUUUUGUGGCUUUAAUGGGAAAUGUUUUCAGAUAUCCUACCCUAAUAGGCAAGAAGCCCAAAUACUGCAUAGUUAUUGCCACUUAGAAUAAAAAUUAAUUACUGGAAACUACUGUGAAUCUAAUCAUGACAAAAAUAGUAUUAGUGUAUGUAUGUCUAUAUACAGAUAUGUCUGUAUAAGUUACCACAAAAAUGACCUGAAUUAAUAACAUGAUUUAGCAUUGAAACUUGUGGCUGCCAUGGAUUUCUACUUUCCCUACCUUAUUCUGCUCCUCUAAGAGUGAAUUGGAAAUAUUUUUCUUGUACACUUCUAGAUUGGCAUUAUUCCUUGUGCAGAAUUAUCCUUUGCAAUCAUAUUCUAUUACUUUUGUUCAGCUGUAAGUGAUUAAAAUUUCUUUGUUGGCAGGCAUGGAUAGACAUUGCAGGUUAGAUCCAGAGCCUUGGUUCUAUUAGUGAAAGGACAUCAUAUCAGAUUUGAAGGUCAUGUGCGGGCUGCAGGGGGAAGGAAGGAGGCAGAAAUCCCAUUUUGCAAAUGGUGUCCUUCCACUGGUGAACACAGAAUCUGGAUCCAACCCCCUACAGUUGAAAAAGCACGAAGUUUUGUAAGGAACUGUGGUGUUUAGAAACUAACCUUUUGAACUGGAAUACCAACUCAUAUAUCCUUCUAACCUUAUUCAUUGCCUGCUAAUCUAUUCACCUGUCAGAGUGAUUUGUGAAAAGUUGCUUAUAGAAUUGUUACUUUCAUGUGAGAGAGGGAUGAACUCUCUCUUGAAAAGGGAUUAAAAUGCCUGUUGAAAUCUGCAAAAUUGAAGUACCUUAUUGCUGGUGUGAUUCUUUUUAAAGUUUUAAUUUAGCUUUUUAAUGAUAAUUUGUUGCAAUAGUAAUCCACAGAGAAGCAUAUGAUUAUAAUGAGAUGUACACUCAGGAGUAAUGGUAACCAUCCACUGAGUGCCUCACAAUGCAUCCUAAGCCUAAAUAUUUAUAUUUGAAUACGGUUCUUAUAAACAAAUAUUCUCAGUCGCAACAGCGAUUCACACACAGAAACAGUCUUCUGUGGGUAGUUAAGCCUUCUGGACCAGGUAUUUGUGCAGCUGUGUAAACAAAUACUGUGCAUGGGGAAAACAUCCAGUGCCUUUACUGGAUACAUGUUUCUCCUUGCUGCAUGCCCCUAAUUCUGAACAGCUGAUUGGUAUGAAGCUUGAGAGGUCUCCUUUGUGUGGCACCAUGCCAAGUAUGCUCCUGUAUACAAAGAUCUUUGAUUUGGAAUGGGGGUGCGGCAGACAUGGCUUAACUUAUGUAAGCUAUAAUAGCAGCCUUUAAAUUAGCCCGAGAAAUACUUAUUUCAAGAAUACAUCCCUAACCUCCAUCCCUUUAAAAUAUUUAAAGUUAGCACAUUAUGCCAUCUGGAUAGAAUUGUUUUAGGAAUGUGCAUAUUCUGUUUUGCAAUAUUGAAUUUUCUAAUUUUAUUCCUUGUCAUGGGAAAAACUGGUAUUUGUUUCAACUUGUAUUAUGCAAGAUUUUAAUAAUAGGAAUGGCAAGGCAGACCCACAUGUAAAACUGCCUGUGCUAUACUUUAAGUUACAGCUGUUUUUAAGAUCCAUAACAAUUUAACCAGGCAAGAGUGUCCCUGAAGCUUCCAUAUUAGCAUGGCAGUCCACGGCAAAUGAUCUCUCUCUUUCUAGUUUGAGACCUUAAACAAUUUGGUAUGAUCAGUAUGUUAAAUUUAGUCAUGCAUCAGAAUUUUAAUUAGCAUUUACUUUCCUGUAAUUCAUAUUUGAAUCAAUUUUGACUGUUUUGCAAUAAUAAGGAUGACAUUUUCUUUUAUUAAAAGUUAAUUUAACAGAGAAUAUAAUCAGAAUGUUAAGGGACCAUCAAAUGUGACAAAGCUCUGUUCACCAGUUACAGAUUAAAUCCUAUAGUAAAUUUGAUUUUGUAAAGUAGUGUAAAAUAUUGUAAUAUUAAUCCUUGUUUUCUGAACUCAGACAUUGAUCUUCAGUGUGAAAUUGUAAACCAUGCUCUUCUGAAUUGGAGGCAAGGUUUUACUUGUUCCCCUUUUUACAGUUUGUAAUUUUCACUGUUUUAUUCCUGUAAAAAGUCAUUUGUAACACAUGCAAAUGCUUAUUUUAGCUGUGCUAAUUUAUCAAAUUUGGCUACUCAAUAAAAUUAAUUGAAAGAGCUUA